AUGCGUGCCUCGUUCCUCCUCCCUGUCGCCAUCUAUGUUCUGACAGCCUAUGCCGACGACAAGACCACUACGGUCGGCUACUUCAUUCCCUCCUGGUCCGUCACCCUGUUAAGCUACGGCGUUUGGACUAGCACUGGCGCCAGCGUUGCAGGAAUCAACGCCGCCGCAACAACCUACCACCUGGGCUGUCUGAAAGAUGCGCCCAAGACCGACUGCAACAUCAAGAACUCCUGGACGAUCAUCCAAGGCCCAGAGACAGUCAGUGCCACAGGCGUGUACACCGCCUCGACGUCAGGCAAGGAAACCAGCUACGACAUCACCGUCACGGAGUCCUACGAGUGCAAGAUUCGGUCCCGCACGGAGUCCGCCAGUUGCACGAUGAGUGUUGGCAUGACGGGGUCGGUGGGUGGUGCCGCUAUCACGUCGUCAACAUCGACUAGCGCGACGUAUUCGCCCGCGACGAGCUCCUACUACGAGUUGGUUGUCACGGCGGGAGUGGACAAGUUCACUGUCCCCGAGGCGACGAAGACGCCUGGGGUUGCUGCUGCCGGGCCGGCGGGGGCGUUGAUCACGGCUGGUCCUGUUGUUGCGGCUGCGGUUGCUGCUCUUCUUUGA